AAAUCGAACGCCAAUAACGUAGUCAAGUAUAACCUGUCAAAACAGAAAUAUUCCACUUCGGCUGACAGUUAGAAACGAAAACCAAGGUUAGAACUUACGAAUUGCGCAGGCUUUAGAAGUUCUUACAUCAGCGUUCCGGCAUUAGCGGCAUGUGAACAGAGAACGUAAAAUGUACGAAAAUUUGUUCAAAAGCCCGCUGCAGCGUGUAUUUUUAUACGGGACGCUUAAACGCGGUGAGCCAAACCAUAAACUGAUCGAAACUAAAAGCAACGGUUAUGCGAAGUUCAUCGGGAUUGGAAGAACAGUCGCAAAGUAUCCUCUGGUUAUUGCAACUAAAUACAAUGUUCCUUUCUUGUUAAAACAACCUAAUGUUGGUAAUCAUGUCACAGGGGAAAUAUACGACGUCGAUUCAAACAUGUUAAAACAUUUGGACGAGCUCGAAGAACACCCGACGUUCUAUACGCGGGUUGAGGACGAAGUUCACCUUAUUCCAGAGUCUAAAUACAAGCAGGGAUCAUCGAAGUUUGAAGAGGUUGGAGAAUUGACAAAGGCCUGGAUAUACUUCCUACCAAAGUUUAAAUUGUCUUUAUUAGAUGGACCGUUAUAUUCAGAGUACAGCAACGGCGGAGAUCACGGCCUUAAAUAUGCGGAAAGGUAUUUACGUGAUCCGUCUUACAAUCACCGUACAGAAGUACAGUAACACAAUGAUACAGACUUUGUCAAACUGGAGGACGUUCUCUGAAACAGUCGCAGAUUGUUAAUUAAAAUUUCAAAUACAUAUCCUAAGAUAUUCUCUCACUGUAUAACGUAACGAUACUAUGUACUAUGUACAAUUUUAUUUUCA